AUGAAGGUUCUAGAAGAAAGAGAUGCAUUUUUAAGUGAUUAUGAAGUAUUGCAAUUUUUAACACAUCUUGAAAGAAAAAAUCUUUGGGAUGAUGACAGUUUAGCAGAAAUGAAAAAUAAAAAAUUCAAAAAAGGUAGCAAAAGACCUUACAACCAUCCUGAAUUACAAGCGAUAACAAGAGGAAUGAUUGCCUAUUUAUCGUUUGAUAAAAAUUCUAUCCCAGUGGAACAAGAUGAAGAAGAAGAAGAAGAAAAAGAUGCUGAUGGUGAUGUUGAUCUAGAAAAUAGUAAAAAAAGUGAAACAGAAUUAAAAUCACCCCUUACCAGAAUGAAUGACGAAAAAUUUUCUGAAUUUAUCAGAAAAUUAAAUGCUUAUUCCUUAUAUCAAGCUGAAAAAUUACAAUUAAUAAAUCAGUUACCAACAAAUAUGGUUCAUCUAUAUGCUAUUAUUGAAGAAUGUGAAUCCAGAUUCAAUGAAGAAGAGAUUGACCAAAUAUUAAAGAUUAUUGCCGAAUACAUAUGA